UUUCGAAUUCUUUGUAGCUUAUCAUGACGUUAAAAAAGCACAAGCUUCGUCAUUUGCUUCCAUUUUCCAGAAAUGAGAAUCUCGAGUACAUCAUUAACUUUUCAACAGAAUGGAUGAAUUUCAACAGUGUUGAGUUACGAAGUCUGCAAAGAUGUUUCGCGACUUGAAAAGUCUUUAUUUGCAAAACGAGCAAACAUAUCCUACCGAAACUUACCUUGUACAGAGACAAGUAGAGCGAAGCAUUUUAAAGAUAGAACAGGAACCUCUGCGGGGCGAGGACAGGCUGAACAAAGAAGAACACAAAGAAUAUCUUCAUCAAUCGUUGAAGCAACUGCCUACUUCAUACCAAGCGUUAGAUGCCAGUCAACCAUGGCUGUGUUACUGGAUUUUACAUGCUCUAGAUCUAUUGGAAGAUGAGCCUACAGAAGAAGAAAAGAUUGGCAUUCUAGAGCACUUAAGUCGUUGUCAAUCUCCUAAUGGCGGGUUUGGAGGUGGUUAUGGUCAAGUAGCCCAUCUUGCGACAACAUACGCUGCUGUUUGUGCUCUUUGCAUAUUGGGAACACCAGAAGCUUUUGAUGUCAUUCACUUAGAUAAACUUUAUAUGUGGUUGCUCACUUUGAAGAAUAGUGACGGUAGUUUUCGUGUUACUGAACUAGGCGAAUCUGAUGUACGUGGUCUUUAUUGUGCUCUAGCCGUGGCACACAUAUGUGGUUUGUUAACUUCUGAGCUUGUUGAGAACUGCUCCACGUACAUAUCCCGCCUUCAGAGUUUUGAUGGCGGCUUAGGAGGAGAACCUUUUAAUGAAGGUCAUGGUGGCUAUUCUUAUUGUGGGUUUGCAGCACUUUGUAUUUUGGAUGAAUACUGGCAACAGACUGAAUCCAAGUGUGUGCCUCAUUCAUUGGAUAUCAAGAAGUUACAGUUUUGGGUUAUAAAUAGGCAACUCCCGUUAGAAGGAGGCUUCCAAGGUCGUGUGAAUAAGUUAGUGGAUAGUUGUUACUCAUUUUGGCAAGGUGGCCUUCUAACGUUAUUAGAAUUUUGGACAAGAAAGUAUCAGAAGCGUAAUACAUCAUUCAGGUUUUCGGGAGAAGACUUGGAACGCUAUUUGUUGCGAUAUUGCCAGUGUCGUGGCGGUGGUUUCCGCGAUAAACCUGGCAAGCCAAGAGAUUUGUAUCAUACAUGCUAUGCGCUGAGUGGUCUUUCGGUGGCUCAUCAGAAUUUAAGUGGGACAGUUACUCACCAAUAUCUUCUUCCAAAGAUCAACGCUCUGUUGAACGUUCGUAUGGAACGUUUCGAACUUGCAGCCACUUACUUGCGCAACAAGAAAAGAAUGGAAUAGUUGUUUGUUGUAGUACGUGAAAAA